GUAAUCUGUACAAGGAAAAGAUUAUCAGAGGCUUUUGUCAUUUGUAUUCAGGCCAAGAAGCGGUAGCAGUUGGUAUGAGAGCUGCGAUGCGUGAUGUGGACAGUGUGAUAACGGCUUACCGCUGCCACGGAUGGACUCAUCUGAUGGGUGUCAGUAUACUUGGUGUAUUGUCCGAGUUAACUGGUCGCAGGACUGGGUGCUCAAGAGGAAAAGGUGGCUCUAUGCAUUUGUAUGGAAAGAAUUUCUACGGAGGAAACGGAAUUGUGGGAGCUCAGGCCCCGUUAGGUGCUGGUAUUGCUUUAGCCCAUAAAUACCGGGCUGAUGGAGGAGUGUGUUUCACAUUGUAUGGAGAUGGAGCGGCCAAUCAGGGCCAGUUGUUUGAAGCGUACAAUAUGGCCAAGUUAUGGGACCUGCCUUGUGUGUUUGUCUGUGAAAACAAUGGAUAUGGUAUGGGAACCAGUGUAGACAGGUCCUCCGCUAGUACCGAUUACUACUCCCGCGGAGACUACGUGCCUGGUAUCUGGGUGGAUGGUAUGGAUGUCCUCGCCACGAGGGAGGCCACGAAGUACGCGAUCGACUACUGUAAUAGCGGAAAAG